ACAUUUAGUUGAUAUUUGACAAUUCAGUGGCUUGUUUCAAAUUUCCAGGUUUAUUUUUAUUUGUUGAAAACCUGGAAAUUGGAUUUUAAUUCGCAGUUGAAAUAAAGCCUUUUUAUACUAUUAAUAAAUAAUAAAUAUGGAUUCUCCUGACAUAUUGCCAUCGUGUAGUAACUCAAAUGUAACAGAUUCGAAUGACGCAGGAAACGUGCGUCCACAUAAAAGUCGCGAAGACUUCGCAGAGUUACGCGACCAAACUAUUGAGAAUUUUCAGAAACCUAAUUUGCCAAAUGUCAAUGUUCCAGAGAAAAUUAUCAUUUGUUUGGAUCUUUGCUAUGACAAUGAAAAUUCGCUAUACCGUUUAGGCGACGGAACGACAUUUACACCAGUUAAAAUGUUGAAGAGAGUAUUAGAAUUCUUUAUACAUUCAAAACAUGCAAUAAACAAACAAACAAAAUUUGCUUUAGUUAUGUUAAAAGAGGAGCCAUGUUGGUUACAAGGUUUUACAAAUAACCCUAAGGAUAUCUUAAGUGUUGUUGAUUAUUUAAGUCCAGAAGAGAGUACAUCUGAGACAUUUGAUUUUCAAAAAUUAUUUCAAAUUUUAAAACAUGAGAUACAAGUACCAGAAUACAGCCAGGGAGACUGUAUUCUACCACCUCCAUAUGUGGUGCGAAUGAUAGUUUUGUACGGAAGAUCUAACUGUGUUCCACAAAUACCUCAAGAUGAUCCUUAUUUCAUUCAUCUCAAGAAACAGUUUUAUUUCUACAUAGAUAUUUUACUAGCACAUGAAGAAGAUUGUGGUAUGUACAAAUGUGAGGAGGUGUAUGAUGCAUUACAAGAUUUAGAUAAUGGAUAUUCCUAUGUAUAUGAAGUUUCUAGAAAUGCAACAAAAAUUCAUGAUUGUAUUGCCAAGCUCCUGGCUCAUCCUCUGCAGAGACCUUUACAGAAAAAUACUGAUUACUCUUUUGGAUGUAGAUAUUAAGACUACAUGUUAUCAAUAUAAUGAAUUAAAUUAAUAACUUUGUUCCGAUUAUUAUUUACAGCCAUGCUAUUGAGCAGCAUAGUUUAAAAUAUUGAAUAUGUUGUAUGGCAAAUAAGUAAAGACUGCAACAUGUUAUGUUGUCGAAUAGGAUAAGCUAGUCUGAUGAAACACAACCUCACAAGAGAUAGGCAUGGUGUGAAUGUAUAGAACUUCCCUAUGAUGAGGUACCAAAAACUGUAAUCUAGUUUUCUUUCCACCCUUUUCUGGUAAGAAAAGGAGCCACACAACACGAGAAGCCUGUGUCUAGAUAUAUGGUAUUCAGAUUACUUAACACAUAUUACAUGUAGACACUACUAAUUUUGUAGCUUUCACUUUUGUUUAAACUGGGCUAGAUAUAAAACUUUGGAUACUGAAAAAACAAACAAUCAAAUAAUAAAUCAAAGC